AGAUUUAUCAACAUAAUUCAGUUUUCGGGCGGGCUACUGCUUACGGUUUUGACUACAGUGUGCAUUGAACAUUGUUGAAAUAGGUUUCAAGCUCAAAUUCACGCCAAUCGAUUAAAUAAUUAUUAGAGGACACAGAAAUGGAGCGACCGUCAAGGAAAACGAAGGUUGUAAACUAUUCUGUCGUUGAUCAAGACUUCGAUGAUGAUGAGGAUUUUGCCUUUGUGAAGGCACCACCCAGCAAAAAACCAAGGGAGUGUAUGAAAGACAUUGAACAGGAAAAGCCCAAGAAGUCUUCAAGCAAGUCAUCAAGUCAAGAGAGUGACGCACAGUCUCUUCUUGGCUGCAAGCAAAGAGUACCAGUGCAUGACAAGUUGUAUAAUAGAGAUUUAGAGGCAGCUCUUACCCUCUCCUUGCUCCAGAAUUCCGACUUAAAAGAGAAACAUUGUUCUACUUAUCAAGAUGUAAAGAACCAACCACAAACAGAUAAUGAAAAUAUAGAUCCAGCAUUGCACCUUACAAACUGCAGUGUGGACAUCAAUGUUUUGGGCCUUGACAAGAUAACAAGUGAGCAGGGAUCCCUGUGUGGCCUGUCCAGACAAAGAAAGCCUGCCUGCACAGCCCCUGAGAAGCAGAGGUCAAUGCUGAAGGAUGAAGAUGAGGACUAUCAGCCUAUAGUAACAAUAGAUGCGGAAAGCGAAGAUGACUUCAGUGAUCAAGCAGAGAGUGAAGACAAGGAGUUUAGUUUAAAGAAAGCAAAGAAAAUAAACAAGAAAGAGAAAAUCCCCCAAAAAGAUAGAAGUAAACCAGCACAGGUCUCCAGAAAGGGAACGCUGGCUACAACAAAGCCAUCUCAAGUGAAGCCACACUUAACAACAAAUCCUACAAUGGUCAAAAGUCGGACUGCGGCCAAACCUGCACCCGUAUCAAGGCAUCCUUCCACCCCUCCUCUGUCCAGAUCUACUGUCUCUGUUAGUCCAACUCCAGCAGGGGGCAGAAUACCCAAAUGGAAUCCUCCAGCUCAGAUUGGAGGAAGUCCAGGGGCAUCCCAGAAUGCCGAAGGGAAGUCCCCUGGGCAGGGUCUACGGCUUGGAUUGUCCCGUCGCAUGAGGGUCAAACCUCUACACCCCAGUGUUGCCAUCCACUGAGUGAGUUGUUUCAGUGGCCUGCUUCUGGAGACAUCGUUAUUUAGGACCCCCAUUUCACUGUCUGACUUUUUUGUCAAUUUGUCUUUGCAAUGUUUUUAAAGUGUAACAACUAAGUAAUAUUAUAUUUAUUAGACAGGUGCCCAAUAUUAUUGUUGUCCUUGGCCAUUUUCAUUUUAGGACCAUAGUCUAAUGUUUCUACAUUGUAUAUCAGAUCACUAUAGCAAAUUAUAUGUUAUAUCACUAGCAACAUAUGAAUGGUCAUCAUAGCUCCAUGGACUGGGUCAAAAAUAUGCUAUGCCUAAUUAUUAUUUUUUCACUAAUAUUUUAGGCUAUUUCUUCUCAAAACAGGCAUAAAUUGAUCCAUCAUUCAGAUACACGAUGUGUUUGUAAACAUAUGGAGAGACUGUAAAUAUGUGAUAAAACAUUAAAGAUUUAAUUGUA